AUGUCCAUCGAAUACACUUCACAAAAUCAUCACCACCAUGAUCCCGCAUUCCGGCAGCACCGACAUACUACCAACGACGGCUCCUCCUAUUUUCGCACUCUGAUCUGGGGCCUAUACAAAUACAACCAAUACACCGACUUCACAAUUCGCAUUAGCGGCUCUGUGCAGGAGUUUCAUGUUCACCGCGCUGUCAUUUGUCCUCAGUCGAAGAUUCUUGAGGCUGCUUGUCGGGGGGGUUUUAUCGAAGCAUCGACGAAUUCUAUAACGCUUACAGAUGAUCCAGAGAUUGUGGAGAGGAUGAUACGGUAUUUUUAUACGCAUCGGUAUUAUGAUCAAGAGGAUUGGAAGUUUGAAUGUUGCGAUAAUGGGAUUAAGAGGAUUCGGCAGCAUUAUUCGGAGAUGGGCGUUGUGUUUGUGUUAGAUGAUAAGAACGACGACAAGGGCAAUGAUGAGGAUAAUGAAGGCGAUGAGGAGGAAAUGCACAUGUCUCAUUUAAGCAAGCAUGGGCUUGAUAACAGCCGGAGAAACUCAUCGCCUACCUCCCCACCCAAAUCGUUACAUGUCUACGCAAUUGCGGACAAAUACCUCAUCAACCCGCUGAAAGAUCUGGCACGAACACGAUUCACAAACUGGGUGAGUAGUCACUGGUGGACAAAGGGUUUUGUAGCCGCCGCCCGCGAGAUCUUUGACAAUGAAACGGGGAAUUAUGAAGAUCUCAAGGAGGUGGUUUUAUCAGCUAUUACAUUACACGCAGAUACUUUACUCUGCGGUAGGAUCAACAGCAGCAGCAGCAACAACAAAUACAAUGACAGAGAUGAAGAAAAUGAAAUCAACAAAUUCAUGCAGGACUACAACGAAGUCAGCCUCGAAGUCCUCCGCCGCACUCUCGACAGAACCCGGAUACGGCAACGCGGACUAGAAGUCGAAUGUGCAGACCUAGAAUCGAAGGUGAAAGCGCUGAAGAUCGAGAAUAAGAAGAUUGCCACGUUGCAGAGUCGGAAUAACAGUCUCAACAAAGAGUUGUUGGAAAUUAAGACGGUGGUGCUGGCGUGGAAGAAGGAUUUGAAGGAUUUUGGUGGUGGUAAUUCAAAGGGCAGCAGUGGUGGGCAGAAUAGUAGCAGAGUGCAAUGA